AUGAAGAAUAGUAGCAGCAAUACCCUAGUUCCAAUUGGCAGCAAACUCUUAGAUAAGAAAUGGAAAUUUAAAAUUGACUAAAUUGAAAGAGAUAGAUUAGCUAAGGUCGAAAGAGUGAUGGAGAUUAAAGAACCUUUGAAGCCAUAAUUUUUAUCCUACAAUAAGAAAAGAGAAGAUUUGGAGUUCUAACACUAAAUUGCUAGAAAAGCUCUAGAAAAUAAUAAAAAAGCCCUCAGAAAUAAGGCAAAUUUCAGAAAACAAAAAUAAUCUAUCCUAUUUGAAUAUGUAGAUUCCUUUCUAAGAAAGCUUUAAUCUACAAGAUCAUUUUAUAAUGUUGAUAAAUGGGAUAUUGAGCACAAAAUGCAAGAAAAGCUAAGAGAAGGAAUCAGUCAAAAAACCUACUAGAUCAAUUAAUUUUUGGAUUAGGAAUAAAGUAUGGCUAAAUCUAGAAGCUUAAACAGAUUCUCAAUGAAUUUAUCCUAAAUAAGGACAAUAAAUGAUAUUAACAAGGAUAGUAUUAAGACAACUGAGAUAAUAGAUAGAGAUCAAAUAUAUGAUGGUUAAAAUCGAUCAAGAAUGUCUUCAUAUUUAGGAUACUCAACUGUAAGAUCUCAGACUCAUUCAUAAAUUCUGCCCUAGCCGAAGUACAAAGUUAUUAUUAACACUUCUAAAAUCUUGAAAGAUGGAGAGGAUUCGUUCAAUAUGUAUAAAAUAUGCAUUAAGCAAUCUAAAACAAAUCUAAAAAUUGAAGCAAUAGGUAACGAAUAGAAUUAUUUCAUUAAGCAGCCACUGCAUACUAAGGAUAAAAUGAUGAAAUUAUACGAUUUUAACUUGUAUAAAAUGAUUGAAAACUUAGAAAUCAAAGAUGGUACUCUAUUCUUGUAUUAUCCAGAGAAUUUUAAGUAAUCUAAGAUUAAACUACGAAAGUCCUAAUAUGAGAAAUAUCAAACUAAUGUAAGCAAAAGCAGCAUUUAAUUGCCCUAAGUAGCAUAACUUUCAACAAUUGGAAAUAAUAGUAAUGGUAACUUUGAUUUCUAUGGGUUUCACACAGAGAGAACUGAUACGAAUAAAAGCAGAUAAAAAAUGCCUAAUAAUGAAGAUAUCAUGUAUUUAGCUAAUUGA